AUGGUCAUAUGUCUUGUUAUUUUUUGGCAGUUCACAGGGCAGUGCCAGUGCAUGCCAGGCUUCGGAGGCCGGACCUGCCGGGAGUGCCAGGAACUCUUCUGGGGCGACCCAGGCGUGGAGUGUCAAGCUUGUGAUUGCAACCCUCAUGGCAUCCAGACCCCGCAAUGCAACCGCACCACCGGGCAGUGCAUCUGCAACGAAGGGGUGGAAGGGCCGCGGUGUGACAAGUGCUCCCGGGGCUACUCGGGCUUCUUCCCUGACUGCGUGCCAUGCCACCAGUGCUUCGCCCUCUGGGACGUGAUCAUCAGCGAGCUGGCUAAUAGGACCCAGCAGUUCCUGGACAGGGCUAAUGCCCUCAAAAUCACUGGAGUCACUGGCCCAUACCAGCAGACGCUCAACACCCUGGAGGAGAAGCUCAGUGAAAUUAAAACCAUCAUCGCUCAAAAUCCAGCUGCCGAGCCCCUGAAGAACAUUGGAAAUCUCUUCGAGGAAGCAGAAAAGCUGACAGCAGAUGUUACAGUUAAGAUAGCCGACAUAGAAGAAAACUUGUCAGCCUUAGCAGUGAAGAGCAAUAGCACAGACACUGACCUGAGUGCGCUGGAGACAGAUGCCAAAAGCCUAGACCAUGUUGUUAAAGAACUUGCAGAACAGCUAGAGUUCAUCAAGAUCUCUGAUGUUCGGGGAGCCUUGGAUAGUAUCACCAAGUAUUUCCAGAUGUCCCUGGAGGCAGAGGAGAGGGUCAAUGCUUCCACUGUUCACCCUGAUAGCGCCGUGGAGCUGUCAGCACAAACGCGGCAGGAAGUGGAAGACUUAAUCAAUGAGAAGGAGGCCCAGUUCAAGGCUAAACAAGAGGAGCAGUCGCGCCUUCUGGAUGAACUCGCAGGCAAGCUGCAGAGCCUGGAUCUCUCUGAAGUAGCUGAGAAGACGUGUGGCACUCCCACAGGAGCCUCUUGUGCCGAGUCCGAGUGUGGCGGUUUAAACUGUCGAACAGAUGAUGGAAAGAAGAAGUGUGGAGGACCUGGCUGUGACGGGCUGGUGACUGUAGCUCACAACGCCUGGCAGAAAGCCAUGGAUUUUGACAGAGACAUCCUCAGUGCAUUAGCAGAAGUUGAGCAACUCUCCAGAAUGGUUUCUGAGGCAAAACAGAGAGCUGAUGAAGCAAAACAAAAUGCACAAGAAGUUUUGCUCAAAACCAAUGCUACAAAAGAACAAGUGGACAGAAGCAAUGAAGAUCUGAGAAAUCUUAUUAAACAGAUUAGAGACUUCCUAAUGCAAGACAGCGCUGACCUGGAUAGCAUCGAGGCGGUGGCUAAUGAAGUGCUGAACAUGGAGAUGCCAAGCACUCCCCAGCAGCUGCAAGCCCUGACAGAAGAUAUUCGUGAGCGUAUAGAAAGCCUUUCUGAUGUUGAGGUCAUUCUGCAGCAGAGCGCUGGAGACAUUGCCAGAGCAGAAAUGCUACUGGAGGAAGCCAAAAAAGCAAGCAAAGGUGCAACAAAUGUUAAAGUCACUGCCGAUAUGGUGAAAGCAGCUCUGGAAGAAGCUGAAAAAGCUCAAAAUGCAGCUGAAAAAGCCAUCAAACAAGCUGAUGAAGACAUUAAAGGAACUCAAGACCUGCUGACCUCAAUUGAAUCUGAAAAUGCAGCAUCUGAAGAAACACUGAACAAUGCUACCUUACGUCUGUUUGAGCUAGAGAAGAAUGUUGAAGACCUUAAGCAAAAGGCUGCUACAAAUUCAGAGAAUGUGGACAAUAUAGAAGAAAAAAUUGUUACUGCAAAACAAAAUGCUGAAGAAGUUAAAAAGGUCCUCAAUACCGAGCUGAACGACAAGUAUAAAACAGUGGAAGAUCUCAUCGCCAAGAAGACAGAAGAGUCGGCUGAUGCUAGGAGGAAAGCCGGCAUGUUGCAAGAUGAAGCUAAAGCCUUGUUGGCUCAAGCAAACAGCAAACUCCAGCUGCUUAAAGACUUGGAAAAUACAUAUGAAAACAAUCAAAAAGUUCUGGAAGAUAAAGCCAAGCAGUUGGUGGAGCUGGAAGAGACAGUUCGCUCCCUCUUACAGACAAUCAGCCAGAAGGUUGCUGUUUAUAGCACUUGCUUAUGAAUGGGAGCAGGAAAUGCUUGUGUUCAGAAUGGAUUUUACAAGUAUCACACUAGUUCUUUUUGACAUUACACUAAGACCUGAUAAAGUGAACAGGUUUUAUAUUGACUUUCAGGUCACAGAACCAAAGACAAGUAACUUUUUGAUGUUGAAAAUAAACAGUACUUUUGUAUCACUGUAUGUACCUAGUAUGACUCAUGAAGUUUCUUCCUAUUUUCAGUAGCUGAAAUGGUACAUCAAUUAAUCCUUUAGCAAGUCUUGUUUUUAAACUGGUUAGAGAUCUAAUAAAAUCUUGGCUCCAACUACGUAA